AUCAUGAUGAUUACAUGGUCUGCUAUGUUGCCGCAUGCAACUAUGAACGAGGUUAUCUGGAGUGCCUGCGUCCUGAAGUCUGUCUUAGCCGUGGAAACUGCCCGGCCGACACAAUUUGACUCGCGCUGAUCUAACUAAUUAUCAAUCUAUAUUGACCUUUAGAGGAAAUUACUCGAACGCUUUAACCCCUGGACAACGUUAUAUUGUCAUUAGUAUCAUCUCACUAUACUCACAGAAGACCCAUGACAACAUCAAUAUCGACCAUGCAGUCCUUACGAUCAUUCCCAAACGUCCAAUCUCUAAUCGACAGACUUCUCGAUAGUGCUGUUCCUGGCGAGGUUCUCCCAAGCCAGCAAACGCUUGCUGAAGCACGAAACCAGCUCUUCAAAACUCUACCAUCGAACGGCAUAGGUCUGGAAAGCACCAUUGAACAUCUGACCCGGUAUAUCAAACCAGCACUCAAUGGCAACAGCCUCACAGCUAAUUACUAUGGCUUCGUUACCGGAGGAUCCACCGCGGCAGCAUCUCUGGCAGACAAUCUAGCUACAUUGUAUGACCAGAACGUACAAGUCCAUCUGCCCAACGAAACAAUCGCCACUGACCUCGAGGACGCAGCAUUACGCAUGCUCUGUAGUCUCCUUUCUCUGAAUGCCGAGGAAUGGCCACAUCGAACCUUCACUACCGGUGCAACAGCCAGUAACGUGAUAGGUCUUGCAUGCGCCCGCGAGGCCGUCAUCUCCAAGCACCUCACAGCGAAGGGCGCAUAUUCCGUGUCAUGUGUUGGCGAGACUGGUCUGGUCAAAGCCAUGCGCGAGGCUGGCGUAGAGGACAUCCAAGUCCUAACGUCAGCACCACAUUCCUCCCUCAGCAAAGCAGCCAGCAUACUCGGCUUAGGAAGGUCAUGCAUUAAACUCAUCGGCCACGAGAACGCACCGCAUCUCAUAGACCUUGCCAAACUGGAAUCCGCGCUUCAAGAGCCCAAUGUUGCAAGUAUUGUGGCAAUAUCAUGCUCUGAAGUGAACACAGGCAAAUUCGCAACCCAUAGCGAAAGCCACAUGCGUGAGAUUCGCCACCUGUGCGACCGCUUCAAUGCUUGGGUACAUGUCGACGGGGCGUUCGGCAUCUUCGCACGACUCCUGACGGAUGCAGAUGACGCUUCUCUCAUCCAGGCUUCUUCCGGAAUCGAACUCGCCGACUCCAUCACCGGAGACGGUCAUAAACUCCUCAACGUUCCAUAUGAUUGUGGAUUUAUACUUACGCGUUCCCGUUCAAACGCUGAGCAGGUCUUUCAAAACCCGAACGCGGCAUAUCUCAGUGGAGGCGCAGCGAGCGACAUCGCAUCCCCCCUUAAUAUUGGCAUCGAAAACUCACGUAGGUUCCGUGCUCUGCCAGUCUAUGCGACUCUCGUGGCAUACGGCCGCCAUGGCUACGCAGAGAUGCUAGAGCGCCAGGUAAGACUGUCACGUGGCAUCGCGAAGUACAUAACAGAAAGUGCACACUUUGAGCUUCUGCCAGAGAGAACCGUAAAAGAAGGCAUCAAAGAUAGCUUCGAUGAUGUAUUCAUUAUCGUACUCUUCCGCGCACGAGAUGCAUCUUUGAACGAUCGGCUAGUGGAUCUGAUAAAAGCGACGGCAAAGAUAUACGUUUCUGGCACUGCAUGGAAGGGUCUGCCAGCAUGUCGUUUCGCCGUAUCAAAUUGGGCGGUUGAGCCAGAGCGUGAUCUCCAGCUGAUCACGUCGGUCCUUGAAGGCAUCGUACACGACUGGAAAAGUAGGACUGCUGCAUAAGUACCCGCUCGUGCUUCCAUACGUAAUCAUUAGCCUUGAUAGACACUACGCCAUAUACAUAAGAACCCCAACAAUAGCCACUCAUUGGACAGUUUCACUGUCAGCUGUGCCAUGGAAUCUCUCUGGAACAGAGUCUCCACUCUUAGCUUGUCUGCUUUCACGAGCCUGACGAUGGACCCUAUGUAGGGAUUCGCACCGGCCCGCUGACCAAGUUGACCUUUGCCGGCUGUGGUAAAGCGGCGUUGAUUGUAUUCCUCUGAACAUUGUAUGGUCAGGGCUGGCACCAAUCGCGGAGCUUGCACGACCGAGUGCGAUC